AGAUUUUCAGAAUCGCACAAAUUAACACGACAUAAAACAUCAGCACACAAGAGAAAUCAGAGUUUUCAGUGCGGCAUCUGCAAGAAAACAUUCACACAACGACAAAGUCUCAAACGUCACUGGAGGUCACACUUGAGAGAUGGCUUAUUAUUGUGCUACACCUGUGGCAGAGAAAUUAUUCAAGGUCAAGCACAUGCUAAUGAGAUACAGAAGAGUGAUGAUCAUUUUGACUGUGACAAAUGCGACAAACAGUUCCCUGAUGUUGAAAGUUUAUAUCAGCACAAGACCAAAGACCAUGGUAUGUCCUACCAAUGUGAUGUCUGUGAGGAAUUAGAAGCAAGAGAAGCAACUGGUAUUGGUUAUAUCUGUUGUGCCUGCGAUGCCGUGUUUGAAGUUGCCACUGAACUUGAAGAUCAUACGAGUAUGCAUGACAAUGUGCUGCCCCACUAG